AUGAAAGCUCUUUUUUUAAAAAAUGCUAUGCUGUCUAGUAAUCAACAAAUAUAUUUUUUACCUAAUUUAAUUAAUUAUUUAAUUAUUUUAUUAUUUAUUUUAAUGUUAUUUUCUUUCCAAAUUUCUCAAAAAAUAAUUUUUGUAAAUUCCCAACAAAAUAUUUCAUCCUCAAAUAAUUUUUUAUCUUCAACAACAGAAAAUUUAAUUUUAAACGAAAUAUUCAAUAAUAAUUUUAAAUUAAAAAAAGAACAAAAUAUUAGAUUUAGAAGAAGAAAUGAAAAAAUAAGAGGAAGGAAACGAAGAUUUUUUGGUGUAAUAAAUUCUGAUGAUGAUGAGGAUUAUCAACAACAACAAGAUCCCAAUUUAUCCACCAAAUCAGAAAAGAGACGGGAAGAAACUGAAACAGAAUUGGAAAAUGAAUUAAUGGCCGAAUUUGUCCGUGUUUCACUCAAACAAGAAAAUGAUUUUAAUGUUCGAUUCCGCAAAAAAACUUUUAGUAAGCUUUCUUUUUAA